GGUAGGUUAAUUCUCUACCUCUUAAUCGUAAGGGUACAUGGGCAGUUUGGCCGAAACCGUUAUACAAGGUCAAAAGUGGUCAUAAAGACAAGAAGAUGCAAGAGGUCCUUGGUGAUGGUUCUUUUGUAAUUGAACAUAAUUCUUCUCAACAGGAUACAAAGAUGGAGAGUUCUCCUCCUCAUGGGACUGGUAAGAAUCUGGCUGGGGACUUUGAUGAAGCCAAUGAUGAUCUUUUAGAGGAGGGUGAAGCUCCGCAAGGUAACCUUCUAGAGGAGGAUGAGGUUGCGCUUGGGCAAGGGAAUGUGGUCUUGACAGGUAUGGGGUCGGGCAAUACUGCUUCUACUGAAGAUGAUCUGGAAGGGGAAGGAAACAAGCAGAAAGGGACGGGGAAACAAGGGAAUAAGGCUGUGGAAGGCAAACCAGCUGGAGGUGGAAUCAGACCAGUUAAGAAGGGGAUGGUGGCUCUCCCAAAACCACCGGCUAAAACGUAAAAUCAUGAGUUGGAACUAUCAGGGCUUUGGGGCGGAUCUGACAGAGAAUUAUUUGGGGGAUUUAUGGAGGAAGCAUUAGCCAGAUAUUUUAUUUUUAUCAGAAACAAAAAAGUGUAGUUCUUAUUUAAAAAAGUUUCAGAAUAAAUUUGGUUAUGAAAAAUUAUUUUCGGUUGACCCCUGGGGUUCUCGUGGAGGUUUGGCUGUUUUUAAUAUGGAUGAAAUUAAACUUUCUAUUUUAUA